UACGUAUUAUCACGCGUUCUUACUUUCAUAGUUUGUACAUUUUCAAUAUUGUUCAUUUAUAAUUAAUUUAUAUUUUUAAGCAGACUGUAACUUUAUUAAUGCAUCUUGAUUAUAUUUCUAGACCACAAAAACAGAACGAUUAAAAUUUUAUCACAAUGAACAGUAUGAAAAUAAAACUUUUGAUUUCUUAUAAACAUUACUCUCCGUCACUGUUGUGUAAUUUCCAAAAACUAAACCAUCAUCACAUAUUUUCAUCGUCUCUCGCUUAUUCUACGCUAAGUAGUAAACGUUUAUUUAAUCACUUUGUCAAACCACUUAAUCCUUAUAGUUAUAAAAGUAUACAUACCACAAGUUAUUUGAAUAAUAAGAAGGAUUUUUAUAACAUAUUAGGAGUACCAAAAAACGCUUCUCAAAAAGAAAUUAAGAAAGCUUAUUAUCAACUCGCUAAAAAAUUUCAUCCAGAUACCAACAAGGGAGAUCCUAGUGCUAGCAAAAAAUUUCAAGAAGUUUCUGAAGCUUACGAAGUGUUAGGAGAUGAAAAAAAAAGAAGUACAUAUGACACAUGGGGAUCUAAUGGUAAUCCAAACCAUAUGGGUGGGCCUGGAGGAGGUACAGGAAAUGAUAAUUUCCAAAAUGCAUGGAGUUACCAAUCUAAUGUAGAUGCUGAAGAAUUAUUUAGGAAAAUAUUCAAUCAAAGUGGGUUUGGAAAUAAUAAUUCGUUUGAUGAAGAUUUUGCCGAUUCAAAAUUUGGAUUUGGAGCCGCUGAAGAAAUUGUUGUAAAAAUAACAUUUGAACAAGCUGCUCGAGGAGUGAACAAAGAUUUAAAUUUAAAUGUGGUUGAUAUUUGUCCCAAAUGUCGUGGUUCUCGUUGUGAACUAGGAUAUAAGGCAACAACAUGUACUCAUUGUAAUGGAACUGGAAUGGAAACUGUCUCAAGAGGCCCCUUUUUAAUGAAGUCAACAUGUAGACAGUGUCAAGGAACUAGAGUUAUUAUAAAAAAUCCAUGUAUAGAAUGUCACGGGAAAGGAAGCACUGUACAACGUAAAAAAGUAACAGUACCAAUUCCAGCAGGAAUCGAAGACGGUCAAUCUAUUAGAAUUUUGGUCAACAGAAAUGAAGUUUUUGUUACUUUCAAAGUGGAAAAAUCUGAUUAUUUUAAAAGAGAUGGUUCUGAUAUCCAUACAGAUGCUAAAAUUUCUAUAUCUCAAGCAUUAUUAGGAGGAUCUAUUAGAGUUAGAGGCAUUUAUGAUGACCACACAGUGCAGAUUGCUCCUGGUACUAGUUCACACACCAAAAUUAGAUUAUUCAAACAAGGAAUGAAAAGAGUGAAUUCCAAUUUACUUGGUGACCAUUAUGUUAAUAUUAAAAUAGAUGUUCCUAAGUCAUUAACAAAGAAGCAGGAAGCAUUGAUUAAAGCUUAUGCAGAGCUUGAAGAAAAGACACCUGGAACAAUAAAAGACUUAAAUCAUAAAAAAGAUGGCCCAUCAGCUGAACAAACGCAAUCAACCCAAACAGCUGAUGAUGGGAUUUUCACAAAAAUAAAAAAAGCAUUAUUGGGAUAAUUUACAUUUUUUGGAACAAAAUCCACUUAAUCAAUCAUACUUCAAAGUAGUAAAUCAUUUGAUCAAGAAUCGUCUGAAAAAAAAAUGUUAGAUAAUUUACGAUCUGCAUUAGGAAACCAAAAUGAUAUUUAAAGCUUAUUUAUUAUUUGUGUUAUACAAGAAAUUAUAAUGUCAUUGUGUAAUUAUCUUAUACACAUUUUAAAAUACAUUAUUUGUUCUUUCAUCUUUCAAAUAGUUCACAUAGUUUUUGUGAAGUAUAAUAUAAUUGUUUCAUUAAUGAUUAUGUGUAUAACUUAUAAGUAGUUUUAUUUGUUAAUAUACGAAAACUUUUUAAAAUUGA